AUGUCAGAUUCAAAUUCAGAUUCAGAAGUAGAUACCAAACCAAAAAUUAAGCCUUCAAAGUUGAAGACAAUCAAGAAUGUUAAUGUUGCAUUCAAAUUGAAUGGAAAAAACUAUCCUUUGUGGGCGCGACUAAUGAAAGUCGCAAUAGGGAGUAGAGGAGGAUACUCGCACAUCAAAGAUAAGCCACCGGAACCAGAACGUCACAGAUAUGCUGAUUGGGAGGAAACUAAUCUCGUGGUGUUCUCGUGGAUCGUCGACAACAUCGAAAACGACAUCAUUGCUGACAUCGCCCAUCACCAAACCUCGAAAGCCAUAUGGGAUAAUCUCGUCGUAACCUUCGAAGGCAAGAGGGACCCAUACCUCAUAUAUGAUAUGGAGGAUAAGGCGAUUGCACUCAGGCAAGGAAGCAUGGAUCUUGAAACUUACUAUCGGCGAAUCCACAGGCUGUGGAUUAAUGUGGAUCGAUGUCGAAAACAACCCGUCGACUGCUGUGGCAAGGGAGUCAAGAAAUUCAGGGAAUUCUCAAACACGAUGAGGCUGUUCAAGUUCCUCACGGGGCUGAAUCCAGAGUAUGACACAAUCCAAAGGGAUAUCCUCAAGGAGGAGCCCUAUCCCUCAGUCGAAGAGGCUUACGGGAGGGUCCAGAGGGAAGCGACUCGAUUAAAAAUCAUGCCACCGGCAUCCCCUAAAACCUCCGAAGACUCUGGCGUAGGAAGCGCUGAUGCAUCAUCGAGAAAAUUUGGCUAUGGAUUCGGGGCACAGAGAGACCGACCAAGCAACAGGAACGGGCCACCACGAUCGCCGCCUACCGGAAGCAGUCACCAAACCGAAGGAAAAAUUGACAAAAUCAAGUUGUGGUGUUCUCACUGCGACAAGAACAAGCACACGAGGGAGACCUGCUUUCUCCCGGUGGGAUACCCGGAAUGGUGGGAUGAACGACAGAAAACGAGAGCUCAAUCAAAGCUCGCCGCCGUCGGGAUCAAAGAGAUAGGGCAGAAAUAG